AUGCUGUUUUUUGUGGCCAUCGUACUUGCAGUAUGCGGCCUGGGCUAUGGUCAGCCGUCAUGCAAGACGUUCGACUUUCAGAUGCAGUCUGAUUUCAAUAUGACGGCGUUCGAAGGUUAUUGGUAUGUGAUUUCGUCGAAAAGACCUGGUUCCGUGUUCUGGAACGCCAUCGCUGGAGAAACAAUGAACAUGCAGCUCCACUUCACCAUGUUGCCGUUCGGCAGACUCGAGGUCAUGGCCAGUCGCAGUUCUGCUCCCUAUGGCUGUUUCUACAGUAUCCAUUCGGCAGUGCCUGUACCAGAUUCCAAUCUGACCAAAUUUGACUAUCUACACACGCAGUACAAACUGCCCGGGGAUUCCAUGUGGGUGGUGAGCACGGACUACGACGGAUUCGCAGUCACCUAUGGUUGCGACGAGGUCCUUCCCGAGUCCGGAUAUUGUGAUCCGAGUGGGGAGGCAGUUUAUUCUUUAAGUAGAAAACCGACUGAGCAUACUCCAGAGCAGCUCAUCAAAAUUGAAAACGCCCUAAAUUCUGUGUGUGUUUCAGCAAGAACACUUAAACCAAUGAAACAACUGGGGGAAUGUACAUUUGACCCGGAACACUUCCCCCCUCCUCCAUCUACAACACCUACACCACCACCACAAGACGCCAACGGAGGUCAUGCAAAUGUUUGGGCAAAUUUGGUAAGAAACAUGUUAGCACCAAACAACGGGACCCGACGACAUGGAAACUUCAUGCCCAACAUGGGAAUGGGGUUUCCCUUCAACACGACCACAUUCAACGCUCCUCCAGUGAACAAUGACUUGGCUAGCCACAUGAGACAAUGGAUGAAUCUGUUUGGAAAAUAA